GAGCCGCCGUCGCCGCCGCGCGCCCUGCCCGGGGGCGGCCCCCCCAGCCCCAUGGAGGUCUCCCGGAGGAAGGCACCGCCGCGCCCCCCGCGCCCAGCCGCGCCGCUGCCCCUGCUCGCUUAUCUGCUGGCGCUGGCGGCGCCGAGCCGGGGCGCGGACGAACCCGUGUGGCGGUCGGAGCAAGCCAUCGGAGCCAUCGCGGCGAGCCGGAAGGACGGCGUGUUCGUGGCGAGCGGCAGCUGCCUGGACCAGCUGGACUACAGCCUGGAGCACAGGCUCUCGCGCCUGUACCGGGACCAAGCGGGCAACUGCACGGAGCCCGUCUCGCUGGCGCCCCCCGCGCGGCCCCGGCCGGGGAGCAGCUUCAGCAAGCUGCUGCUGCCCUACAGCGAGGGGGCGGGCGACCUCCCGGGGCUGCUGCUCACCGGCUGGACCUUCGACCGGGGCGCCUGCGAGGUGCGGCUGCUGGGCAACCUGAGCCACGGCUCCCUGCGCAACGGCACCGAGGUGGUGUCGUGUCACCCGCAGGGCUCGACGGCCGGCGUGGUGUACCGCGCGGGGGACCAGAACCGCUGGUACCUGGCGGUGGCCGCCACCUACGUGCUGCCGGAGCCUGAGACGGCUAGCCGCUGCAACCCGGCGGCGUCCGACCGCGACACCGCCAUCGCCCUCAAGGACACGGAGGGACGUAGCCUGGCCACGGAGGAGCUGGGCCGCCUCAAGCUGCGCGGGGGCGCGGGCAGCUUGCACUUCGUGGACGCCUUUCUCUGGAACGGCAGCGUCUACUUCCCCUACUAUCCCUACAACUACACGAGCGGCGCCGCCACCGGCUGGCCCAGCAUGGUGCGCAUCGCGCAGAGCGCCAAGGUGCUGCAGUUCCAGGGUCAGGCGGCCCUCGACUGCGGCCACGGCCACCCCGACGGCCGGCGCCUGCUCCUCUCCUCCAGCCUGGUGGAGGCCCUGGGCGUCUGGGCGGGCGUGUUCAGCGCGGCCACCGGGGAGGGCCAGGAGAGGCGCUCCCCCGCCACCACCGCACUCUGCCUCUUCAGGAUGAGUGAGAUCCAGGAGCGCGCCAAGAGCUGCUCUUGGGACUUCCAGACGGCCGAGCAGAACUGCAAAGAAGGCGAGAAACCUGAGAGAGUCCAACCAAUUGCCUCAUCUACCUUGAUCCAUUCCGACCUGACAUCCGUUUAUGGCACCGUGGUAAUGAACAGGACUGUUUUGUUCUUGGGGACUGGAGAUGGCCAGUUACUUAAGGUUGUUCUGGGUGAGAAUUUGACUUCAAAUUGUCCAGAGGUUAUCUAUGAAAUUAAAGAAGAGACACCCAUUUUCUACAAACUGGUUCCUCAUCCUAAGAAGAAUAUCUACAUCUAUCUAACGGCCGGGAAAGAGGUGAGGAGAAUUCGUGUUGCCAACUGCAGUAAACAUCCAUCCUGCACGGAGUGUUUAACGGCUGCAGACCCUCACUGCGGUUGGUGCCAUUCGCUACAAAGGUGUACUUUUAAAGAAGAUUGUGUACACCCAGAGAACCAUGAAAACUGGCUGGAUAUUUCGUCGGGAGCUAAAAAUUGCCCUCAAAUUAACCUAUUUCGAAGCAGUAAAGAUAAGACUACAGUGACUGUGGUGGGAAGCUUCCCUCCCAGGCGCGCGGAGUGGGAGUGCGCGGUGAAGAGCGCCGACACGGGCAGGCAGCUCUGCGGGGAUAAAAGUCCAGCAAGCAAGCCCUGCACGUGCAGCAUUCCCACGAGAGUGACCUACAAAGAUGUUUUGGUUGUCAAUGUGACAUUCUCCUUCGGUUCUUGGCGUUUAUCAAAAAGAUUCAACUUUACCAACUGCUCGUCAUUAAGAGAAUGCCCAGGGUGUAUUGGAACUGGCUGUGCUUGGUGUAAAAGUGAGAGGAAGUGUAUCCAUCCCUUCACAGCUUGUGACCCUUCUGAUUACAAGCGAAGCCAGGAGCACUGUCCAGUCGCUGUGGAGAAGCGGACACCACCCGAGACAGCAGGAGGAGGAAGAGUCCCAGAGAAUAGGAGUAAUAGGACCCAUCCUGGCUUGCAGGUCUUUUACAUUAAGUCCAUUGAGCCACGGAAGAUAUCGACUUUAGGGAAAAGCAAUGUGAUCGUCACGGGGGCAAACUUUACCCAGGCAUCCAAAAUUACUAUGAUCCUGAAAGGAACCAGUACUUGCGAGAAGGAUGUGAUCCAGGUUAGCCAUGUGCUAAACGACACCCAUAUGAAAUUCUCUCUACCAUCAAGCCGGAAAGAAAUGAAGGACGUGUGUAUCCAGUUCGAUGGCGGGAACUGUACAUCUGUGGGACCCUUGUCGUACAUCGCUCUGCCACAUUGUUCCCUCAUAUACCCUGCCACCACCUGGAUCAGUGGUGGUCAAAAUAUAACCAUCGUGGGCAGAAAUUUUGACGUAAUUGACAACUUAAUCAUUUCACACGAGUUAAAAGGAAACAUAAAUGUCUCUGAAUAUUGUGUGACAAAUUCCUGCAGGUUUUUAGCCCCCAGUUUAAAGAGUUCAAAAGCGCGUACGAACGUCACCGUGAAGCUGAGAGUCCAGGACACCUUCUUGGACUGCGGAAGCCUGCAGUAUCUUGAGGACCCUAGGUUCACGGGGUGUCGGGUCGAACCCGAGGGGGACACAGAGCUGGAAGUGAAAAUUCAAAAAGAAAAUGACGAGUUCAAUAUCUCCAAGACAGACAUUGAAAUCACCCUCUUCCACGGGGAAAACGAGCAAUUAAAUUGCAGUUUUGAAAACAUUACGAGAAAUCAAGAUCUCACCAUCAUCCUUUGCAAAAUCAAAGGCAUCAGUAAUGCAAACAGCAUCGACACCUCAUCCAAGAAAGUUCGUGUCAAACUGGGAAACUUGGAGCUCUACGUUGAGCAGGAAACAGUUCCUACCACUUGGUAUUUUCUGAUUGUCCUUCCCGUCUUGCUAGUGAUUGUCAUCUUUGCGGCCGUGGGGGUAACCAGGCACAAAUCGAAGGAGCUGAGCCGCAAACAGAGCCAACAGCUGGAGCUCCUGGAGAGUGAGCUCCGGAAAGAGAUACGUGAUGGCUUUGCUGAGCUGCAGAUGGAUAAAUUGGAUGUGGUUGAUAGUUUUGGAACCGUUCCCUUCCUUGACUACAAACAUUUUGCUCUGAGAACUUUCUUCCCCGAGUCAGGUGGCUUCACACACAUCUUCACUGAAGAUAUGCAUAACAGAGAUGCCACUGACAAGAAUGAAAGUCUCACAGCUUUGGAUGCCCUGAUUUGUAAUAAAAGUUUCCUUGUGACUGUCAUCCACACCCUUGAGAAGCAGAAGAACUUUUCAGUGAAGGACAGGUGUCUGUUUGCCUCCUUCUUGACCAUUGCACUGCAAACCAAGCUGGUCUAUCUGACCAGCAUCCUGGAGGUGCUGACCAGGGACUUGAUGGAACAGUCCAGUAACAUGCAGCCAAAACUCAUGCUAAGACGCACAGAGUCUGUGGUUGAGAAACUCCUCACAAACUGGAUGUCCGUCUGCCUUUCCGGUUUUCUGCGGGAGACGGUUGGAGAGCCAUUCUAUUUGCUGGUGACGACUUUGAACCAGAAAAUAAACAAGGGUCCUGUGGAUGUGAUCACCUGCAAAGCCCUGUACACCCUGAACGAGGACUGGCUGCUGUGGCAGGUUCCGGAAUUCAGUACCGUGGCAUUAAACGUUGUCUUUGAAAAGAUCCCGGAAAAUGAGAGUGCAGAUGUCUGUCGGAACAUUUCAGUCAAUGUUCUUGAUUGUGACACCAUAGGCCAAGCCAAGGAAAAGAUCUUCCAGGCUUUCCUAAGCAAAAAUGGCUCUCCUUAUGGACUUCAGCUGAAUGAAAUUGGCCUCGAGCUACAAGUGGGAACACGACAGAAAGAACUGCUGGAUAUUGAUAGUUCAUCUGUGAUUCUCGAAGAUGGAAUAACCAAGCUAAAUACCAUUGGCCACUACGAGAUAUCAAAUGGAUCCACUAUAAAGGUCUUUAAGAAGAUAGCAAAUUUUCCUUCAGAUGUGGAAUACUCAGAAGACCACUGCCAUUUGAUUUUACCAGAUUCAGAAGCAUUCCAAGAUGUUCAAGGAAAAAGACAUCGAGGGAAGCACAAAUUCAAAGUAAAAGAAAUGUAUCUCACAAAGCUGCUGUCAACCAAGGUGGCAAUUCAUUCUGUGCUUGAGAAACUUUUUAGAAGCAUUUGGAGUUUACCCAACAGCAGAGCCCCAUUCGCUAUAAAAUACUUCUUUGACUUUUUGGAUGCCCAGGCUGAAAACAAAAAAAUUACCGAUCCUGAUGUCGUACAUAUUUGGAAAACAAACAGCCUUCCUCUUCGCUUCUGGGUAAACAUCCUGAAGAACCCUCAGUUUGUUUUUGACAUUAAGAAGACACCACACAUAGACGGCUGUUUAUCUGUGAUUGCCCAGGCAUUCAUGGACGCAUUUUCUCUCACAGAGCAGCAACUCGGCAAGGAAGCACCAACUAAUAAACUUCUCUAUGCCAAGGAUAUCCCAACCUACAAAGAGGAAGUAAAAUCAUAUUACAAAGCAAUCAGGGAUUUGCCUCCAUUGUCAUCUUUGGAAAUGGAAGAAUUCUUAACUCAGGAAUCUAAGAAACAUGAAAAUGAAUUUAAUGAAGAAGUGGCCUUGACAGAAAUCUACAAAUACAUCGUAAAAUAUUUUGAUGAGAUUCUAAAUAAACUAGAAAGAGAACGAGGGCUGGAAGAAGCUCAGAAACAACUCUUGCAUGUAAAAGUCUUAUUUGAUGAAAAGAAGAAAUGCAAGUGGAUGUAAGCACUCUGGGGACUGGCUUAAUCUGGCAAAAUUCUUCAGACGACUUGGGAGCAAAAUGGCUGCUUGAGCUACUCUGUGUCGUUCAUUUUAAAGUUUGCACACAGGUUCCACUUUGAGCACAGUCUUUCAGAGACCAAGGCACAUGCACAGCUUUUAGAAAGCAUACCCACCAUUGUGCCUGUGCAUAUACUGUGGGAGCCUUUCUGUAAAUAGAGUCGAAGUGGUUGUUGCAAACAGCCUCCUUGUUUACAGAGAAUACAGGGCCAGUAAGCAAGUGUCAGUAUUGUUAACUACGGUCUCCACUUAAGCACAAUGACAGCAGUGGUUUUGUUUGAAAACUACAGUUAUGUAGCACUUGUGACUACACUGCAUCUCUGCAGAAAAGGGACACUGCCAGUGAUGACAAGAAAAUGUGAAAUGAGUCAUUUGGCAACAAGGCGGGAGUGUUAGGGCAACCUCGAGGAUCUGCAGCAUUGAAAUUUUCCCCAGUAGUUCUUGGAAAAGCUGACCACGGAAUCUGGUAGUGUGUACACUUAGCAUUUGUGAGUGUGUGUGUGUUUUUAAACCAAAAACUGACAGUGUUGCAACAUUGUUGAAAGGGCUCGUGUUUUUCAGUGGUCGCCAAUUACACUCCGUCAACUCACCUCCAUCUCACAAGGAGCUCUAAAGCAAGGAGAGUGAGGAGGUUUAUUUAAAUGCAACAGCAUUUUACCCACUUUGUCCUGAUGUGUUCCUUUUUUCAUUUUUUCAUGCUAAAUGUAUUUGAUAGUGGACAUGUUGGCUAUUGUAAAACAAAACAAAACACCAUUAGUUUAUUUCUGUCUAAAAGCUUUGAUUAGAACUAACUGUAGAAGAGUAACUUCCUCCCCUAAUCCUACAUUUCUAUACUUGGUGUCUCCUUGCUUUAGAUUUCUGGUGAAUCCUGUGAUUAUAAAUACUUGUGUGUGAUUACAAAAAAAAAAAAAAAAAA